AUGGGCUCGUCCAGUCGUUUCAGUGAUCUGAUCCCUUCCGACGAGUUUGAUUCCCAAGACUUCUUGUAUGCACCAACACCCUGCGGGGCUGGUCAGACGACCUCUUUCUCUCCCUUCUCUGACCAUCACGCGUCACCAUAUACCGAUCUCGAUGGAACACUGAGAACAUCCACCCCCUGUAUCUGCCCUCAACCACGAGCAGAAAAGCUUGCUUUCCUGCCCUUGUCGGAAUGGGAUCGAAAUAAAACAUACGAUCAUGACCCUCCUAUUUGCCUUCGCAUCACGAUUGGUUGGAAACUGACUUUGAACGACAAGCCUUUUAGCCGAGACACUGAGGUGGACGUCGUGUUGACACUCGCUUCGUACUGGGAACUAUUCUUACAUUCAAAGGUAGAGGCUGCUGCGGCCAAGAAGCGUGCACAGAGGAAGAACAUGAUGUUACAAGAGACAGAGGUCACAGUCUCCGUCAAACAGAGGGGAGAACGUCCCCUGAUUAAGCAGUACAAUGAGACCGACAUUGUCUGGGUCGACAUUGAGAAGCAACUCAUCAAGUGGGGCGGACUCUUCCCGGGCAAGGAACUGCGAGUGGAUCUAUCCGUUAAUUACAACGAUUAUGAAGAAGCAGGCCGACACUCCACGGCCGGUUCAUCGAAGAAGGUGGAUAAGAGAUCGGCACGAUCUGCCACACAACGAAUGCGGGCGGAACUCGAUGCAGAGCUUGAAGACGAAGAGGCAUCGGGUGAGCUUGCGAUUGGGCUGGGAGUAUACCACCUCUUCCGCUGUCUUUUGAAUUCGUGCAAUGCGCCCAAUUACUGUUGGCCAGAUCCUGACGCCGGGGUCCACCGGAAGCUGAAUACUCCUCUACUCAGGAAACUCAUUAGAUAUGCCGAAGAAGGCAACCCUCUGAACACUCCGAAUGAUGUCCCUCAGGGUCUUCGAGACGAAAUUCGCCUACAAGAUCAGCAAAGACAUGAUCGCAAAAGAAAAGCAAGAGCAGUAUCUCCUCAAGGUUAUCCUCCUGUCAAUAUCACUAAUUACAUGCCGGGUCAUUCUGAGCCGACCUCGCUACAGCCUCCACCAGCGAGGACUGAGCCGGCACACGUAACUCCGAAAACGGUGAGUGCUCUAGAAAUUCCAGGUUUUCGCGAUGAUGCAGUUCAGGAUUAUGUUCGCUAUCUGCAAGGCACAGUUCGUAGUCAGCGGCAUAAAGCUGAGUACGAAAAGGCCGGCAAUAUCGUGUUGGAAGAUCUUCUUGAUCUCGACCAAGUCUUCCGCGACUACAAGCCUGAUUUUUUCAUCGCGCGAGAUGUGAAAAAAGCUCCAGCAGAGCAAUUUAUCAGGGAUAUCCCCGCUUUCGUCGAACAUCAGAAAGCGAAUGCAAGCCAGGUAUAG